AUGUCUGGCUCAAAAAUCAAUCCAACUUAUUUUGGUUAUAUUGGUUCAACAAAAGAUGCCCUAUUAAUCAUUCAAGCUUGUUUAAAUAAUCAACUAUACACGGUCCCAAGAAGACCUCAUGAUAGAGAACGUUCCAGUCUAAUCCAAAGUGGGAACGUUUUCGUCUUUAUUGAAGAACGAUCUGGUAUUAAAAGAUGGACUGAUGGUGUUGCUUGGAGUCCUUCAAGAAUAUUGGGUAGAUUCUUAAAAUCAAAUGAUGAUUAUGAAUCUCCAUUACAAUCAAAUUCAAGUUCAAAUAAUACUUCAAUACCAAAUAGAUCAUUAGUUGGUUCAUUAGUCACAUCAUAUGCUUUUAAAGAAUAUGGAUUAAUUAAAAAAACACUAAGUUUAACAGUGACAAGAUUAGAUUCAAUAAAUUCUCAACCAAUCCAAGAAACUAUACAUUUGGUUUCUUAUUAUAGUGCUGAAGAUGUAUUAAAUGGGAAAUUACAACGUCCAUGUGAUUCAAAUUCAAAUUUAUCCAAAAUCCAAUUAUCAAAUGAAUUAUGGAAUGCUGUUAAAGAAUCUUCUUUAGGUGGGAAAAUUCCAAUUGAAGAUGAAGCUUAUUAUUUUAUGGAUCAAUCAAAUCCAAAUGCUAUUGCCCUUGGUUUUAACCCAGCAAUUCAUUUACAACCUCAAUAUCAACAACAUAAUCAACAACAUCAUCAUCAAUCAUCUUCAUCAUCAAACCAACAAUUCAAUAUCCCUCUACCUCAUCCAAAUUCAAAUAACUAUUCAUUACCACCACCAGUACCAUUACAAGAUCAACCUCAGCAACAACAACCUCCGCCACAAGCUCAACCACAACCUAUUGAUUUACAAAACAUGCCAAUGUUUUAUCAAUACCCAAGAUAUUCACCAUCAAUAUCAUACCCUCAACAACAACAAAUCCAACAACAACAACAAGCUCCACCACCUCAACGUCGUCAUACUCAACAUUCACCAAUCUCUCCAUCAUCUCCCCAAUCUCAACAUCAACAACCUUCACAACAAUUACCACCUCAUCUACAAUACACCCAAAAGGAUUACUCCCCAUUAUUAAAAGAUGUCAACUACAACACAAUCCCAUCCUCAAUGGGGUUUAACAACAGUUCAUUACCACAACCUCAAUUCCAACAACCACCUCCUCAACAACAACAACUCCCUCAACAACCAUUACAACAACCACAAAUCCUACCUCAACAAUCAAACUCAUCAAUGAUUGGGUUGCAUAAUCCAAAUAAUAAUGGGCUUUCUGGGAAAUGGUUUGGUUAUGAUGAUUCAACAUCCAAUGGCGGUGGUGUUGUUCCUCCUCCUCCUCCUCCAGCUACGGCGGCGGCUACGAAUGCUGGGUAUGCUGCUGGUUAUCAGUUUAAUCAAAAUCAUUAA